CACCCUGAACUACCAUGGUCAAUAUAAUGUAUGUAAUAAUCAGUCAAGCUGCUCCUGUCCAAUAAAAGCGUGCCAUUAAUGAAGGGGAAAAAACUCAGUCCAGACUUUAAGUAAUAUUGUUAUGUUGUGCUAUGGACUGAAAAACAUAUUGGUUUAAACACAAGGGUAAAUAAUUGGUAGUGUGGUUUAAUAUAGUAUUCUGAUCAUAAUUCAUUAUGUUUUGCUUUUUUCAGUUCAAAGAUGCCACGUAAAGUCAGACAUCAGAAACAAAAAAGAAGCAGCCAAAGGUAGUGAAUUGUUGACCAACUGGGUCAGAACCGCAGGAUGAGGCCUGAUCUUAAGGAUGGAGACCAAAAUCAAAAACAAGAACAAGACUUUUAUCUGGGCUGUCUAACCAAGAAACAGUUGAUAAUGUUAUCAACUGCUGUUGGACUUCUUAUCCUGGUCAUCAUUAUUGUCCUUGCUGUGAUUCUCACCAGACCAGCAACCAAAGCUCCUGUUCCGCUGUUUCCUACUGGUGGAGACAUGCUGGACUUCCUGCUUCAGUCAGGUGAAAUCAGUGAACAUGAUGGUCUCUUGGCAACCUGGUUCCACCGAGCCAACAGCAAGGAGCAGAUGAACAUGGCUCUUUCAUCUGAUGUCAUGAUCCUAGAGGCAGACGUUACUCUGGAGGGUUAUGGAACUCCAGAUCAGAAACCAGUACCGAUCAUGGCUCACCCUCCUGAUGUUUAUAGUGACAACACCCUGGACCAGUGGUUGGAUGCUGUGUUGGACUCUAGAAAAGGCAUAAAACUUGACUUCAAGGCUCUGGACUCUGUGGGUUUCUCUCUGGACCUGCUCAAGCAAAAGAACAGCAGCAGAGGAAUAAACAGGCCUGUGUGGCUCAAUGCAGACAUCCUUCGAGGUCCCAACGUACCAAGCUUUGUGACUCCAGUCAAUGGAACCAGAUUUUUUCAGUUGAUUCAGAAGACAUUUCCAGAUGUGACUUUGUCUCCUGGAUGGAUGGUUCUCUAUAUUCCUGGAAUUGGAACUUAUUCCAGAGACAUGGUGAACCAGAUGUAUCAUCUGAUCAAAGAUGUCCCUCAGAAGGUGACAUUCCCAGUCCAUGCUCUGCUGGUCCACAGAGGAUGGCAGCACAUCAGCUGGCUCCUCAACCAGUCACCAAGGUUCAGCUUGACUCUGUGGCAGGGUUCAGAUCAUCCAACCGUCAGUGACCUGCUGUUUGUCCGGGACAACACCCAACCUGCACAAGUCUACUACGAUAUCUAUGAACCUACACUGACAGCGUUUAAAGAGGCCGCAAGAAACCGCAGUGGGGUUCAGAGGUUUUAUCCUGGAGGAAACCUGAUGGACUUUCUUUAUCCAGUUCACAACUGGAACAGCAGCUUCCUCACUGAUGUCACCCAGCACAGCAGCAUGGGAGUUCGCUGGUUCUCAGUCACUGAUGAGGCCUUCCUGCUGGCACGGCUCUCAGAUGAGGAUGGUGGAAUGCUGGUUCUUCAUGUAGUUUCUGACAGAAAUCAGCCUGGAGUUCCUGUCCUGGGAGAUUCUGGGACCAGCUCUGAGCCCUUCACACUUCAGCGUGUCUGUGAGCUGCUUGGGCAGAGGACCGAUGCAUCCUGGGGGGUUUAUCUUCGGGUUCAUGGUCAUCAGCUUCUGGAAGCUUCCCUCAAACUGCUGCAGGCUGCCUACUCUGCAGAGGAACUCUACAGGCCCAUCUGGAUCAGCAUGGAGAGUUCCCAAAGUAGCUACAGCACAAAUGAUUUUGUGUCCACAGUGGAGGAGUUGUUUCCAUAUGUCACUGUGGUCUUGGCUGAGCAGAACUGGCCUCCUCUGAUCCCAGCAGCACUGACAGGAAUGUCCCAGAGGCUGGCUGUUCACCUCACCUCAGCAUCACUGCUCAAAGAACCACAGGGACUUCCCUCCCUGAAGGAGAGGAACCAGUGUGACUUUGUGGUGGAGGUAGACACAGAGGACACUGCAGAAACCUUUAGAAUUAUGAAGAAGCUCAUGGCCCAACAGGGAGGAAAAUUAAAAGCAAAUCUCUACAUGAUGACUAGCCAAUAAAAGAAACUAUAUGACACAACCAUAUGAGGCUGGACUGUCUCAUCCAGCAGGUUGAUGGAGAUUAUCUUUAGUGUCAGUGAGGAGUUGUUUGCUUUAUUUCUUUUCUCUAACCAUCACACCUUGAUUUUAAUAAAGUUAAAUGGAAUAAAGCCUGGUUAGUUCUCAAAGUAUGUUUUCUGUUUGCAUUAUGUAUCAUGAAGGAAAACGAUGCUAAGGUUAAAAAUGAAGGUCCUCAUAUUGUUGAAACGUUCUAUUUACAGUCACAAACUUUAAAGUCUUUCAAUGAGAUUUUAUUUGAUUGAUCAAGUUUAGCAUAACAAAGAAAAUAAAGCUCUGAAUAAACAGUGUUUGAUCUUCAGUGAGAAGAAAGCCACAAGAGGAUGUGUAAGUCAAAAAACCCUGAAUUUUUUCUUGCACAUGCAAAAUGCUGUGUGGAGGAAAAAAACCUGCACAUCAUUCUGAACACACCAGUGCCGGGGAUGGUGGUGGCAGCUCAAUGCUGUUUGUCUGCAGACCUUUGGAAGCUAAUUAGUUGAUGGGGAAAACAGUCAAAGCCAAAUAUAAGGUGGAGGUUCACCUUCGUGCAAUGUGAUGUUUCUCAGGUCCACUGCAAUGCGUGUUUUAAGUGUUUACCUUCUGCCAUACACCUAACUUUAAUAUGUGGGCGACUCUCAGACUUCUGCAACACUUGAUGGCUGCAAAGGUCACGCAGUCAUCUGAAUCAGGUGUGCUGGAACUGACACAUCUGCUAACGACAGCGAAGGGUGCCAAAGCCGCUUCUCUUGGCCCACUGAGGUUCAUUUUUGCUUCACAAAAAACAAUCAGAUGAGAUGCUGGAAAAAGACUAUUGCUGUGUUCAGGUUGAGUUAAUAGGAUAACUUCAAUCAGUGAAGCUAUACAAGCCUAAUAUAGCAUCUCGAUGCUAAACGUGUAGCAGCAGCACAGACGUCCACUGGUCACAUUUCUAAAGACGUUCCAUGAAUGAGCAGGAGUUCCUGAAACAAUGGAAACAUGAAUGGAUAGAAUAACACAAUCUGAUGCUAGAAGAACAGAUUAAAACUUUAUACUUGUUCAGCUCGUAUGUCCAUGUGUGCAUGUUUGAAUUUGUUUUACUUUUGUGUAACCAGAUUGUUGUGUUCAACAGAUUUCUGCUCUUGAAAAUGAGAUGUAGAUCCUGAUGGUUCAAUAAAGGAAAUAAUAAUUACA